CCGCCAUCCCAGGGCUCGAGAAGCUUCUGUGUCAUCGAUAUAAAUUCCUUUGGCUGUUCUGCCACAUCUUCUCCGUCAAAACCUCACUUCUCUCACUACUAUCCACCCCAUCACCGCCACCUUUCGAACCAACCACCAUCUUGUCUUCCUCCCUACCCCUCUCUUUUCAAAAACCUUAUCAGCCACCCCUCUUUUCACAAUGAGCGACUGGGACAACGUCACUAAGAUCGGCAGCAAGCACCGUGGCGGUGCCGCCCCCCGCGAGACCGUCGUCAAGGGCAAGAGCGCCCUGAACGCCGCUCAACGUCAGGGUCUGGUCAUCGGUACGGAGAAGAAGUAUGCUUCUGGCAACACUUCCGCACGCUCGGCCGCUCCCGAAGGCCAGCACUUGACCAAGGUUGAUCGCAGCGAUGACAUCGUCAAGCCCAAGACCGUGGGGUACCAGGUCGCAGACGCCAUCAAGAAGCGCCGGAACGAGGAAGGCUACAAGAUGACACAGAAGGAACUUGCCACCAAGUGCAACACCACUGCCACCGUCAUCCAAGAUUUCGAGAAGGGAACCGCCACCCCGGACCAGAAGGUGCUCAGUGCCAUGGAGCGCGUGCUCAACGUCAAGCUGAGAGGCGCAGACAUCGGACAGGACAAGUUCCCUAAGAAGAAAUAAAUCUGGAUAUCGUUAAACCUUGUUUCCUUUUUUAUCGUUCUUUCUUAGGGUGUCGGCUUUAUCGUCUUUCUCAUUUUUUUUUUAUUUUUUUAUUUCCUCUGAUUCUUACCCUUGGUUUUGAAGGACUUGGGCUAUCAUGAUAUGCAUAUUCGGGCAAUGAAUGAGACUCCAUGGUAUCUCUAUGUUCUGCUGGUCGGAAAAAGCGCUAGCCUGUUGUUGAUAGAAAGCUUAGAUCAAUAAAAGAAAACCCAAAAUUGGAAGAUAUCUCGCAUAAAUGAA